CUGCUGCCGAUAUGACUUCCUAUCUCUUGCAGCCCUCAUUUCCCCCUGGGCAGCCCCCUUCUGUUGUGUUUGCCACCCCAACGCCUCCACAAAUGAACCCAACACCACAGUCCCGACAGUUUGCCCCAGCGCCCCGGCCAAUACACCAACAGGGAAGCUUCAGGUCACUACAGCCCUACUACACCAACAGAGCCAGCCUGCCUCCAAGCAGCGGGCCUCGGGGUGUCCCUCCCAGCAGCGCUCCUCGCCCUGUGACGCCCACCCACGUUUACCAGACAGGUCCUGGCUCCCAAAUGAUGAUGAUCCCUGGGCAACAGUUGCCCUUCCCCAGCUCGCCACAGGGACCCACCUACUUUAUAUCUGGGCAGUACCGAUCAGCACCUUAUGUGGCCACACCCCAGCAAUACCCAGUCACAGCAGGCACGCCAGGCUUCUACCCAGGCACCAGCCCCGCUGAAUAUGGUACUUAUGCAGGGGCCUACUACCCCGCCCAGGCUCAGUUCACCCCUUCAGUGCAGGCGCCGCCUGUCAUUAUGAACCCUGCCCCCCAACAGCAGCAACCACCACCUCAGCCUCCCCAACACAUCCCCACCAAACGGGAACGCAAACAGAUCAUAAUAAGAGAUCCUAACCAAGGGGGUCGAGACAUUACAGAAGAGAUUAUGUCAGGGGGCCGCAGUGGCUCUACCCCAACCCCACCACAGACAGCCAUAUCUGGAUCAAAAAGCACAUCACUGGCCCAGGCCAACGGUGAGAGUGUCACAGCUGCUGCUACACCAGUGCUGGUUAGACCAGAUGACAGAGGGAAACCUACACCUCUUCCUUUGUCAAAGUCCCCUGAACUUGCCAAGGGUGAUCCCAGCCCCACAGAGUCUACCUCCUCUGACACAAACACUAAGCCCCCUCUAUCAGAAGCAGAGGACACCCCUCACAACACUAUUUUCUCCGUUGCACCAAGUGUCCCUGUUGCAGACGUGAUGGAUGCUCCCUCACCUCCAAGAGAACCCACUCCACUCCCUCAACUAGCUCCUGAGGUGCCUGCCUACCCUGCACCCUUCCCUGACCCUGUCCCCACCUCUGCUGCACAGGACAGUAUAGAAAAGAAAGCUGCAGAGGCAAAAGAGGAGUUGCAGACAGUGAUGGAGAUUAAAGCAGAAGAGGCAGAUGCCUCUUUGGAUACACCUGUUGCUUCUACCUCCACCUCUAAUGGUGUGACGGAGGUGGACUUGGAAAGCUUGUCAGUCAUCUUGCCGGCCGGUCAACUGGAGGACCUGCUGGAGUCUCCCAUUGCACAGCCCGAGGAGCUUCUCAAUGGCCUGCCACUGCCAGCUCCCCAAGACCCUGAAGCCCCUGCCGCCAGCACAGCUGAGUGUGACGACAGCCCCAUUGCUGAGCCCGACGAAUCUCAGUCUGUCAUACAGACCUCCACAGCUAUCACACAGGCAGCGCCUGCACCGGUUGUCCAAGCCACACCUGCACCUGUUGACCAGCCUGCACCUGCAUCCUCUGUUGAAGAGACUGGUGCUGAACUGGUCAUUGAGACAGGAACCACCCAGCCUGAAGUACAAGACAUGAUUCCUCCAGUCACCCUGGAUGUCAAGGAAGAUACCCUAGUGCCCCAGUCCACUGCCAAGGAAGAGAUGCCAUCACCUGCAGAGACAGUUUCUAUAGCUGACAGCACCACAGAGUUAUUGCCCACUCCUCCCACUCCUGCAGCAGACAAGAGGGAGGACACCCCUUCUCCCCAGACAGUUGCCCUUGCCCUUGUAGAAACUACUAUGCAAGCUGCUGUGUCUGUGCCAAAGAAAAAGAGGAAGAUGAAGGAUCUGAACAAAAAGGAGGCAGGAGACCUCCUGGAUGCCUUUAAAGAGGUGUGUGCAGUUGUAAAUUUAUUUACAUGCUUUUCUUGUUUCAAUGAGUUCACAGUACAGCUGGGUAUCGUUUGGGUUUUUUCUGAUACAAGUGCUAAAAGGAUACCGUAUUUUCUGCACCAUAAGGUGCACCGAAUUAUAAGGCGCAGUCUCAAUUACGGGGUCUAUUUCUCGAGAGAAGAUUCUGAUGUUGAAGCAGACGAAGACAUUUCAAAAUUGGAGGACAACAUCUCAGAAAAUUUGGAAUUGGAAAGUGAUUUUGAUGACGACGUUUUGGCCAAAGAUUUUUAUCCAAGUACUGAGCUUAAAGUCCGAACCACCGAUAAGCCUGAUGUCACUGUGAAUUUCCGUAAGCUGCUACUGAAUCGAUGCCAGAAAGAGUUCGAAAAGGAUAAAGAUGACGAUGAGAUCUUUGAGAAGAAGCAGAAAGAGCUUGAGGCUGCAUCAGGGGAGGAGGAGAAGCAGCGACUCAUUGAAGAGCUAGCAGAUGCUAAAGAAAAGGCCAGGAGGCGCUCACUGGGCAAUAUUAAGUUUAUUGGGGAGCUGUUCAAGCUUAAAAUGCUCACAGAGGUCAUCAUGCAUGACUGCAUUGUAAAGCUGCUCAAAAACCAUGAUGAGGAAUCCCUGGAGUGCCUGUGUAGACUGUUGUCCACCAUCGGCAAGGACCUGGACUUUGAGAAGGCCAAGCCUCGUAUGGACCAGUACUUUAAUCAGAUGGAGAAAAUAAUAAAGGAGAGGAAGACCAGCUCCAGGAUCCGCUUCAUGUUGCAGGAUGUGCUGGACCUUCGACGGAACAACUGGGUGCCUCGGCGAGGCGACCAGGGCCCCAAGACCAUCGACCAGAUCCACAAAGAGGCCGAGCUAGAGGAGCACAGGGAGCACAUGAAGGUGCAGCAAGCCCUUAUUUCCAAAAAGGAUUCAGUUGGAGGUCCAGGAGGCAGAAUGGGUGGAGUAGGUCCUGGGGGACGUGGGGGCCCUCACACUCCAGGCCGUGGUGCUCCUCCCCAGGAUGAGGGCUGGAACACAGUACCCAUCUCCAAGAACCGACCCAUUGACACCUCUCGCCUUAGCAAAAUCACUAAGACUCCUGUUCUUGACUUCAACAAUCAGUUGCUUGCUCCAGGGGGUAAAGGCACAUGGGGAAGCUGGGGUAAGGGCAGCAGCGGUGGCACCAGUGCCAAACCUGUAGAUUCUGGCUCAGAGUUGGGCAGUCGCCCAACCACCAGUACCCUGAACAGGUUCUCAGCCCUGCAGCAGCCGUCAUCCUCUUCAGGCUCUUCACUUGACUCAGACAGACGAGUUCCUCAGAGAAACAGCUCGAGUCGAGAGCGUGGCGACCGCUUCGACCACUCUGAUCGAGGCAGUGACCGUUUUGACCGACGGGAUGACCGUGAUCGAAACCGGUUGCAGGUCACCAAACGCAGCUUCAGCCGGGAGAAUGAGGAGCGAAGUCGGGAGAGAGAGCAGCGUGGGUCAGCUGACCCUGUCCGCCGGAUAUCGAGCAUGACAGACGACAGAGACCGAGGCAGCCGAGAGAGAGCCAGGAGCAAAGAGAAUGUGAAGCAUGAGAAGGCUGCCACCCCUCCACCUCCCCAGACCCCCACCAAGCCUGCCUUGACCGAGGAAGAGCUGGACAAGAAGUCUACAGCCAUCAUUGAGGAAUACCUCCAUAUCAACGACAUGAAGGAGGCUCUGCAGUGUGUGCAGGAGAUGAACAGCACUCAGCUGCUCUUUGUGUUUGUACGAAACGGGCUGGAGUCGACACUGGAGCGCAGCACCAUCGCCAGGGAGCACAUGGGCCUGCUGCUGCAUCAGCUUGUUAAGACUGGCAUCCUUCUAACACAGCAGUACUAUAAAGGGCUCCAGGAAAUCCUGGAGGUGGCUGAAGACAUGGCCAUAGACAUCCCCCACAUGUGGCUGUACCUGGCAGAGCUGAUCACUCCCAUGCUCCAUGAGGGAGGUGUCUCCAUGGGAGAACUUUUCAGGGAGAUUUCUAAGCCUCUGAUCCCUCUGGGCAAAGCUGGAGUCCUGCUGGUCCACAUCCUCACUUUACUUUGCAAAGAAAUGAGCCAUAAAAAGGCAGGAACUAUGUGGAGGGAUGCAGGCCUCCAGUGGAAAGACUUCCUUCCUGAGGAUGUAGACGUCAACAAGUUUGUGACAGAAAAGAACGUGGAGUUCACACUGGGUGAUGAGUCAGAGAAGAGCAAAACAAAGGAGCUGAGCUCCUCAGAGCUGAGCAAGCAGCUGGACAGACUGAUCCAAGACAAGGCCGACAACCAAAGGAUCUUUGACUGGAUUGAGGCUAACCUAGAUGAGCAGCAGACCUCGUCCAACAUGUUUGUCAGAGUUCUGAUGACCUCCAUCUGCCAGUCAGCAAUCAUCUGUGAAAACCCCUACAAGGUGGACGGUGAGCAGAUCAAACAGAGGGCAAAACUGCUGCAGAAAUACCUCAAGGACGAGCAGAAGGAGCUGCAGGCUCUCUACGCCCUGCAGGCCCUGAUGGUGCAGAUGGAGCAACCUGCCAAUCUGCUGCGGAUGUUCUUUGACACACUUUAUGACGAGGAUGUAAUCAAAGAGGAGGCCUUCUAUAAGUGGGAGUCCAGCAAAGACCCCGCCGAGCAGCAGGGAAAGGGCGUGGCCCUCAAGUCCGUCACCGCCUUCUUCACUUGGCUCCGAGAGGCCGAGGACGAGUCUGACAACAGCUAGGGGCCCCUCAGACUGCUGGUGGGAGGUUAGAGAAGUCCCGGCAGGAGCAAAUGUUCUGUGGAUGAUUCAGACGAGUCUGAAUAAGCAAAAUCCUUCUGCAUACAGACAAAAAUCAAGAAAAAAAAAAUUCUUCAACUGGGAGAGAUUGUAUUGUGGAUCGAACAUUCGAUCAUUUUAUUUUUUUUGCUCUUUUUCUUGUUUGUUUUUGUUUUUUCUUGCACAACCAAAUGUCUUUUUUGAGAUAAAUGAGAAUACAGGAUAAAUGCAGAGAAUCAAUAUGAAAGCGAGUGAAUGCUGAGAAAUUUCAAGCCGUGGGAGAUCAUGCUGUUUCCUUCGCUGUUGUUUUUUUAGAUUUCUCUCGUUUUCAAGUGGCUUUUUCUCACCAUGGCAACAUUAUUCAAGAAACUUUGCUUAAUGACAUGAAAUUUAAAAAGGCAGUUUGAAUCUAUAUUUUUGAUGACUUCAUCUUUUAUCAUGUGAACAUGACACAGAAACAUGUCGCACGCAUGGUGUUUGAUCUACAUGACACACUUAUGUAGACGACUAGCUUUUUGUUUAAUUUUUCCAGUGUUGGAUGAUUGGAGUAUGCGUUUUAUAAUAAAAUGGGAAAACUACAAAGAAAAGCGGCAAGAGCUGUCGAACGGACAUUUCAGACUGAAGUUACAGUAACGGUUGUGGACUCUGAGGAUUUCAUGUGGACUUUACAAGGAUGGCGUCACUGAGAAGAGGGGCGGUGAACAUUAACCGUCUUGCUGCUGGGGGGUGACGAUGCUUUCCUGACACCCCUCAUCCCAAACCCCAAACUCCCCUGUGUCUGUUUUACUUGUUUCUAACACUUCAAAAAACAAACUGUGGACUUGCGAAAGGGAGAGCAUGGGCUGCACCCUCCGAUGAAGCCUGUUAUCAGAUUUUAAAAGAUGAAAUAUUAUUGAAACUUGACAAGUAUACCGACAAAUCCACUUUAAUGAAAAAGGACUUUUAGUGAAGUAAAGUUUAACAGUACAAAUCCUAAGGCCUUUUCUGCUUCCAUUGGUGGAAAUGCACUUCAGGAGAGUUCUGUAAAUAUAUGAUGGAUUGGGUUUUUUGUUUGUUUUCAUAAAAAAAUUGCUUAUGUAAUUUUCUCCUUCUAUGAAACAAAGUUGCAGUUUUCCUCUAUUUAUAUUUUUCUCUCCUCAGCUGGCAGAAGGUGUUUAUAAUUACCCACCCCAAUUCGUUGAUUACGAUUUAAUUGAAAUUGUGUACAUACUUUUUUGCUUUACUUUAUUAAAAAUAUAUUUAAUUAAAGAGAAGUAAUGCCUCUUUUCACAUUCAAAACUGGAAGAGAUAAUAAAGAUCAUUGCAAGUAAAAAGAAAAA